CAAGUAGCAGCCAGCACAGCCUCUGCUUCUUCCAGCAGCACAGGGCGUGGCAAGUGGAGGAGGGGACCACACUGCAGCACCCCCCCCCCCACACACACACACACAGGGAUGGGAGAGAAGGGUGAAGAGCCCCAGGAGCUGCCGAAGGAGCAGAGGACAGAACGCGAGGGAGACUGGCUCCAUAGCCCAGUGGUUACGCAACUCAAAUGGUGAAAAGGCAGCAAUUGAACCUGGGUUUGCCACAUCAAAGCACCAACUAAAAUGAAGAUGAGACCUUUCUCUGUUUCCAAGAGCUCAGAAGGGAGCUCCUCCCUUCUUGGUUACACCAUAAUCUUCAUUUCUCUUCUUGUUCACAAGUUGGACUCAGCACACUUUUCAGUGAUUGGACCCGAUCACCCUAUCACCGCUUCUGUAGGCGAUGAAGUCACAUUAGCCUGCCGCCUGUCACCCAGCAUGAGUGCUGAGAACAUGGAGGUGAGAUGGUUCCGGGGUCAGUUUUCUUCAGUUGUGCACCUGUACCGUGAAGGGAAGGAUCAGUAUGCAGAGCAGAUGUCAGAAUAUCGGGGAAGGACAGAGUUUCUGAAAGAGGGCCUGGCUGAUGGAAGAGCUGCCUUGAGGAUAGGCAAUAUCAGACUCUCUGAUUCAGGGCUGUACAAGUGUUUCUUUCGAUCAGAGUUCUCAUAUCAAGAAGCUGCAUUGGAACUAGAGGUAUCAGUUUCAGGUACUAAUCCCCUGAUCUCUAUUGAGGGUUACCAGGAUGGAGGUAUCCGAAUGGUGUGUCGAUCAGGUGGAUGGUAUCCAGAGCCUCAGUCGCUGUGGAAGGAUCUCAAAGGACAGCCUCUCCCAUCAUUGCCUGCAAAAUACUUCCGUGAUGAAAAUGGCCUGUUUCAGACUGAAUCUGUACUUAUUGUAACAGAAAAUUCCAACCAGAAUCUGACCUGCACAAUCAGAAACAACAUCCUGAACCAAGAAGAGGUAUCAAGCGUUUAUAUAGCAGAUUCUUUUUUCCCAAAGGUCUCCCACGUGACGGCGAUUCUCCUGUCACUAAACCUGUUGGUUUGGGGGUUUUCCAUUCCUUUGCCUAUUUACUAUUUAUGGAAGCAACACAAAGAAAAAGGAGCUGACAAACUCCAAGCUGGGGUUUAUCUGAACGAUCAGAUAGAAGAGACUUUACCACAGAUACACAUUAUUCAUUUCUGGUCCUGUUUUUUGUUUGUUUCAGAAAAAUAUCUUUCAGCAUUUGUGCUCAGAAAAGCCCGAAGAUUUGCAGAGGAUGUGACUCUGGAUCCAGAAACAGCACAUCCUGAACUCUGGGUCUCAGAGGACCUCAAAAGUGUGAACUGUGCAGUCAUAACGGGAGAACAACCUAAAGAUCUGGACAUUGUUGAUUCUUAUCGCUGUGUCCUGGGCUCUGAGAGAUUUAACUCUGGGAGACAUUAUUGGGAAGUGGAGCUUAAGAACAAGACUAUGUGGCACUUGGGGGUUUGUGCUGACUCAGAAAACAGGGAGAGGUACAAAAAUAUAGCACCUGAAGGUGGCUACUGGGCCAUAAGGUUGUGGAAUGGAGAAUACAAAGCCCUCUCCACUCCUCGGACAACAAUCACCUUGGAAAUGAAGCCCACGAGGGUUGGGAUUUUUCUGGACUAUGAGGCAGGAGAGCUCUCAUUUUACAAUUUGUGUGAUGACUCCCAUAUCUACACUUUCAAAUACAGCUUCUUCGGGACACUCCGGCCUUUCUUCAGUCCAGGUAUACAUGGAUCUAAAGAGGAUGCUCCCUUGACCAUCUUCCCAGUGUGAAAGUAGGGAAAGAUUAACAAGGAUUUGAAGGGGAUUUUAAUGCAUGUCAGUCAGUUAGCAAGAGUUAUUACGACCUUGCAACUGAUAACCAAAUAUGUAGACUGGUGUCUCCUAGAAGUGAGAAAAAUAAGAUAG